AUGGCAGGGCGUGGGUGGGCCGUGCUGUGGGCGUGUGCGGUGGCCGCAGCCCUGCUGCAGCGGGGCGGGCUGGCGCGCGGGGACUGCUGGCUCAUCGAGGGCGACAAGGGCUUCGUGUGGCUGGCCAUCUGCAGCCAGAACCAGCCCCCGUACGAGGCGAUCCCGCAGCACAUCAACAGCACCAUCGUGGACCUGCGGCUCAACGAGAACCGCAUCCGCAGCGUGCACUACGCGGCGCUCAGCCGCUUCGGCAACCUCACGUACCUCAACCUCACCAAGAACGAGAUCGGCUUCGUGGAGGAUGGGGCUUUCGCCGGCCAGUUCAACCUGCAGGUGCUGCAGCUCGGCUACAACCGGCUGCGCAACCUCACGGAAGGCAUGCUGCGGGGGCUGGGCAAGCUCGAAUACCUCUACCUGCAGGCCAACCUCAUCGAGGUGGUCAUGGCCAGCGCCUUCUGGGAGUGCCCCAACGUGGUCAACAUCGACCUGUCCAUGAACCGCAUCCAGCAGCUCAGCGGCGCCACCUUCGCCGGGCUGGCCCGCCUCUCGGUGUGUGAGCUCUACAGCAAUCCCUUCUACUGCUCCUGCCAGCUGCUGGCCUUCCUGCGCUGGCUGGCCGUCUUCAGCAACGCCACGCAGGCCUACGACCGCAUGCAGUGCGAGUCGCCUCCCGUCUACUCGGGCUACUUCCUGCUGGGCCAGGGCCAGCAGGGGCAGCGCAGCAUCCUGCGCAAGCUGCAGUCCGUGUGCACCGAGGACCCCCACGUGCCCGAGGGCGCCGGCCCCGGGGGACCCCGCCUGGCCCCGCCGCCGCCGCCCCCGCCGCCCCCGCUGCCCGAGCCCAGCGACCCGCCCUGCCCCGAGGACGACUGCUUCUCCGGCGACGGGGGCGGCGGUCCCGGCGGCACCACGCCGCUGGUGGCCCUGCCCACGCUGGCCCCCCAGCCCGAGGCCCGGCCGCUGCUCAAGGUGAAGCAGCUGACGGCCACCUCGGCCACCCUCACCGUGCAGCUGCCCAGCCCCUUCAACCGCGUGUACACGCUGGCGCUCUUCAACCGCAGCAAGGCGUCCACCGUGGCCAGGCUGACCAGGGCGCACGAGGACAUCCGCCUGGCCAACCUGCACGCGCUCACCAACUACACCUACUGCGUGGUGUCCACCAGCUCCGGCCUGCAGCACAACCACACCUGCGUCACCCUGGGCCUGCCCAAGCCGCCCGGCCCCGCGCCGGGCCCCGGGCCCAGCCCCUCCACAGCCACCCACUACAUCAUGACCAUCCUGGGCUGCCUGUUCGGCAUGGUGCUGGUGCUGGGCGCCGUCUACUGCUGCCUGCGCAGGCGCCGGCGGCCCGAGGCCCAGCACAAGAAGGCGGUGGCCGCGGCGGCGGCGGCGGGCAGCCUCAAAAAGACCAUCAUCGAACUCAAGUAUGGGCCCGAGAGGGAGGCGCCCGGCCUGGCCCCGCUGCCCCAGGGCCCGCUGCUGGGCCCGGAGGCGGUGACCCGCAUCCCGUACCUGCCCGUGGCGCCCGGCGGUGGCGAGGCCGAGCAGUACAAGCUGGCCGACAGCGGCGACGCGCCCAAGGUCAGCAAGGGCAACUACAUGGAGGUGCGCAGGGACUGCGAGCCGGGCCGGCCGGGCGCCGAGAGCCAGAGCUCCGUGGCCGAGAUCUCCACCAUCGCCAAGGAGGUGGACAAGGUCAACCAGAUCAUCAACAACUGCAUCGACGCGCUCAAGUCCGAGGCCACGGCCUUCCAGGGCAAGGCCGCCGAGCCGCCGCCGCUGCUGCUGGCCGAGCCGCUGGCCGCCAAGCACGGCGGCUUCCUGGCGCCCGUGUACCAGGAGGCCUUCGGCCACGCGGGCCUGCAGCGGCUCCACGGCGACGGCGCGCCCGGGCCCCCGCGGGGCAGCGCCUCGGCCGCCAGCUCCGCGCGCAGCCCCCGCGCCUUCCGCGCCGACGCCGCCGAGGCCAAGUACGCGGAGAAGGGCUCCCCGGGGGCGGCGGCCGACGCGGCCAUCCUCACCGUGACGCCCGCGGCCGCCGCGCUGCGCGCCGAGGCCGAGAAGGGCCGGCCGCACGGCGGGCACCGGCACUCGUACCCCGGCCCGCACCCCGCCGAGCCGCCGCCGCCGCCGCGCCCCGAGAGCCUGGCGGGCCGCAAGGCGUCCAUCCUGGAGCCGCUGACCCGGCCGCGGCCGCGCGAGCUGGCCUACUCGCCGCUGUCGCCGCAGUACCACAGCCUCAGCUACUCCUCCAGCCCCGAGUACGCCGGCCGGGCGGCGCAGACCAUAUGGGAGCGCCUCAGACUCAGCCGGCGCCGCCACAAGGAGCGCGGCGAGUUCCUGGCGGCCGGCCACGCGCUGCGCAAGAAGGUGCAGUUCGCCAGGGACGAGGACCUGCACGACAUCCUGGACUACUGGAAGGGCGUGUCGGCCCAGCACAAGUCCUGA